AUGGUCAAAUCAUACAGCAAGUAUGAGCAGUCCGAUGCUUUCGGCGUGGUCGCGACUGCCACUUCCAACAUUGUAUGGACCCCCGAAGGCCUCACGCAGCCCGGUUCGAGUCGAGUCGCAGGCGCCGGACGCGCAUACGCCGCCGCCAACGAAGAAGUGCUGUGCUGGGAUGUAAAGAAGGGCGAACUUAUGAGCAGAUGGCGCGACAACACCUGCACCGAAGAAGUCACCGUAAUAUGCCGGAGCGAUAUCGACCCGGACGUCUUCGCUGUGGGCUACGCCGACGGAAGCAUACGCAUAUGGGAUGCGCGAACGUCGACCGUCAUCAUCAGCUUCAAUGGCCACAAAUCCGCAGUCACAGUCUUGGCUUUUGACCAGAGUGGAGUACGGCUGGCGAGUGGUGCCAAAGAUACGGACAUUGUUGUGUGGGAUCUGGUCUCAGAAACCGGCUUGUUCAAGCUGAGAGGGCACAAGGGCCAAAUUACUGGCCUGCAGUUCCUCCAUCCUGGUAGUGCUCCGCAAGAAGAUCUCGUGGAGGACGAAGAGAUGGACGUGGAUGCAGAUCAAGCUUUCCUACUAUCGACUAGCAAAGACGCGUUGAUCAAGAUCUGGGAUGUCACGACUCAGCACUGCAUCGAGACGCACAUUGCACAAACAAACGGAGAAUGCUGGGCUCUUGGUGUUUCGCCGGAUGGUAGCGGUUGCAUAACUGCCGGCAAUGACGGAGAACUCAAAGUCUGGGCUAUCGACCAGGCAGGGCUUCGAAGAGCGGGCUCAGCAAUCGGUGAAGGGUUCGAGCAGGAAUACCUUACCUCCAGAGGCAUACUUUACCGGACGGGCAAGGACAGGACACAAGGAAUCUCCUUUUACGCCAAGGCAGAUUACAUUGCUGUACAUGGCGCAGAGAAGGCCGUUGAGAUAUGGCGGAUAAAAACGCCAGAAGAGGUCCGUAAAGCCUUGAUCAGGAAGAGGAAGAGGAGGCGAGAAAAGGCCAAGACCGAAAAAAACGGAGACAUGGAAGACGAUGCUGAUGCUGACGACAAAGUCGAUGCUGCGGAUGCCGAGAUUGGCGAAGUCUUUGUACCCUAUGUGACCGUACGAACAGCCGGGAAAGUGAGAUCAGUCGCAUGGAUGCACAUCAAAGGAACGAAGAAGCUACAACUACUGGUCGGCACGAACAACAAUCUCAUCGACGUUUACGAGAUACCCCAAAGAAGCAAGACGAAGAGCGAGGAAGCACCCGACUACAGCCGCACACUAUCUGUUGAACUCUCUGGCCAUCGAAACGAUGUACGAGCACUUGCUCUCAGCUCCGAUGAUCGCAUGCUGGCAUCCGCGUCAAGUGGAGGACUGAAGAUCUGGAAUGUCAAGACACAAAACUGCCUGCGCACUCUAGAAUGCGGCUAUGCACUUUGCUGUGCGUUCUUACCAGGAGACAAGAUCGUCGUUGUAGGAACCAAGGAUGGCGAUAUCGAACUGUACGACAUAGCGGCAUCCACAUUGCUGGACAAGAUCGACGCACACGAGGGGGCUGUUUGGACUAUGCAAGUGCAUCCCGACGGAAAGUCACUCGCCACUGGCAGCGCCGACAAGUCCAUCAAGUUCUGGAAUUUUGACAUUGUCCAAGAAGAAAUACCGGGAACAAAACGCACAACACCUCGUUUGAAGCUGACCCAGUCGCGCAUACUCAAGGUCAACGACGACGUUCUAAGCGUGCAGUUUUCACCCGACUCAAAGUUACUCGCCGUAGCGACGCUCGACAACACCGUGAAAGUAUUCUUCGUAGACUCAUUGAAGCUCUUCCUCAACCUGUACGGCCACAAGCUGCCUGUACUCAACAUGUCAAUUUCCAGCGACAGCAAGCUCAUCGCGACCUGUUCUGCCGACAAGAACGUCCGCAUCUGGGGUCUCGACUUUGGAGAUUGCCACAAGGCGCUUUUCGGCCACGAAGACAGCAUCAUGCAAAUAUCCUUCAUCCCGCACCCCGUCGACAACGACGAACGCCACAUCUUCUUCAGCGCCUCCAAAGACCGCACAAUCAAGAGCUGGGACGGCGACAAGUUCCAACAAGUUCAAAAAUUCAGAGGCCACCACGGCGAAAUCUGGGCCAUGACCGUCGCGCGCACAGGCGACUUCAUCGUCACAGCCAGCCAUGACAAGAGCAUACGCAUCUGGACGCGCUCCGACGAGCCCAUCUUCCUCGAAGAAGAGCGCGAACGCGAGCUAGAAGAAAUGUACGAAAAGACGCUCGCCACCAACCUCGAAGACGACGAAGACCCCACGGGAACCCGCGCCGAAGCCGUCGACGCCAGCAAACAAACCAUCACAACCCUCACCGCCGGCGAACGCAUACAAGAAGCACUCGACCUAGGCAUCGCGGACCUAGAAGUCGUCCGAGACUGGGAAGCCCAACGCAGAACCAACCCUAAAAUCGCGCCGCCACAGCGCAACCCCCUUUUCCUCGCUCUGGGCAACAUCUCCGCCGAGCGCCACGUCCUCAACACGCUCUCCAAAAUCCCCGCUGCACAACUGCACGACGCCUUACUCGUCCUGCCCUUCUCCUCUCUCCCCGCCCUCUUCACUUUCCUCGCUAUCUGGGUGCGCAAACAGUGGAAUGUAACACUGACCUGCCGCGUCCUCUUCUUCAUGCUCAAAACGCACCAGAAGCAGAUUGUGUCCAGUCGCGAACUCAAGACUGUGCUAGAGGGUAUGCGCAAUGAUUUGCGGAGUACGCUCAUGGGCAACAAGGAUUUGAUUGGGUUUAAUGUUGCGGCGUUGAGGUUUGUGGGGGAGAGGGUGGAUGAGGCCAAGUUGGUGAGGUGGGAGGAUGUGGAUAGGAUGGAUGGGGAGGAGAAUAGGAAGAAGAGGGGGUUUGUGGAUGUUGCUUAG